AUGAAUCUAUUAGCUUUGUUGCUAAUAGCAAUAGUAUUGGCGCAUACGGAUAUUGAACAAGUUGGUGAUUUCGAUUAUUUCGAACUAACCUUAAUUUACCCAACAUCUGUUUGUCAUGCUUAUAACCAACCUGCUAGAUUUAUUGCCAAGGAGACGAUUAAUGAUUUUUGCAAAGUACCUGUCAACGCUACCCUGUGGACAAUUCAUGGGUUGUGGCCAAAUUAUAAGGACGGAUCAUUCCCGCGAUUCUGUGAUCACAAGAAGAAGUUUGAUUUAUCCAAACUUCUUCCAAUUAGACAAAAAUUGGAAAGGAACUGGCCAAAUUUGCUUGUAACGCAGUCUGUAUCGUCACUUUGGAAGCAUGAAUGGGAAAAGCAUGGAACAUGUGCACAAGAUGUAAAAGAAGUCAAUGAUGAAGUGAAAUAUUUUAACAAAUCUCUUGUUCUCUAUGACCAGUUUGAUAUCGUCGGAAUGUUGGAAAAACAAGAAAUUAUUCCAUCACAAGAAAAUUUAUACGAUAAAAUGUUAUUAAAUCGAAGUCUAACAUCUGCUUAUGGAAAAAAUGUGGAAUUUCAUUGCCUACAAGAUAAGCAGACCAAAAAUUGGUUAUUAGCUGAUGUUCGUCUAUGUUUAACAAAAAAUUUCCAACUUAUGGAUUGUAAGAUGAAGCCGUGGAAAUGGCAAAAUUUGAAAAAGUCAUUCUCAUUAACAUAUCAGUCUUGUCCUGCAUAUGAUAUCGCCUAUCCUACUUUCAAUAAUACUCCUUCAGUUAAUAGCAAUAGCAUAAUUGUCGGAUGUUUAAUCUUAUUCUCGACAUUGUAUAGUUUAUGGAAUUGCUUUUAUCUUCAGACAUUAGCAUUCUAA